CGAUUGUAAUCGUAAGUAUAAAUAAACAAAUAAUUUGUUAUUCAUUUUAUCAGGUGCUUUAAGGAGACUUGACCUUAAAUGUCAUUAAACAACAAGCCAAUUAUUGCCUGGAACUGGUGUAGCACACAACAGGAAAUUUUAAAAAUAUGUUUCACUUGGACUAUAAGUAAUUUUGGUUCAUGUAACCAAUUAAGAGAUGAAUGGAAAUCACCAACAUUUUCAUCUGCUGUUAAUGGCAAAUACAAAUGCUGUUUACUUAUUAAACGAGAUAAGGAGUUUUUCCAAUUUUAUUUAUUAUUUUUAGAUCCCAUCGAAAAUUUGAUUCAAAAGUUCAAAUAUAGAAUAUAUUUGUCAAAAGCAAAUAAAGAAAACCCAAGUGUCUAUGAGAAUGUUGUGUCCGUAGGGAAGAAUGAUGUAUAUCAUGUAAUUUCCCUACGAAAUUCUCAUAUACUCGAUAAAACUAAAAGUCUAUUACCCGAAGACAAUUUGAAAAUACACUGUGAAAUAACCUUCUCAGAAAAAGUGGUUAAUAUUUCGCGUCAAUCUAUUUCCUCUCCCAAAUGUGCAUUAACUAAAGAUUUCGGUAAUCUCUUGCAAAAUGGAAUUUUCGCAGAUGUCACAUUAGUUGUGGACGAUAAAGAAUUUCACGUACAUAAAGCUAUAUUGGCUGCUCGAAGUCCGGUGUUUGCUGCCAUGUUUGAGCAUGAAAUGAAGGAACAAACAUUGAAUCGUGUUGAAAUAACCGAUAUUGAUGGGGAUAUUUUGCAGGAAAUGUUACGUUUUAUUUAUACUGGCAAAGUGAUAAAUAUUGCUGAAAUAGCCAAGUUUCUUUUACCAGCUGCCGAUAAAUACGCUAUAGAAUCGUUAAAAAAAUUCUGUGAGGUCAUGCUAAACGAUAAAAUAUCCAUUGAAACUGCUGUUGAAACUUUAAUAUUAGCUGAUCGUCAUAGUGCUCAGGAACUAAAGAUAAACGCUAUAGCAUUUAUAAAUUCUAACGCUACUGAAGUUAUGAAAACUCAAGAUUGGGAAAAUAUGAUAAAAACACAUUCAUAUUUAAUUGCUGAGACGUAUCAGGCAUUUGCAGAGAAACAGUAUUUAGCGCUUGCGCCUAAAAUCUAAAAAAAAAAUAGGAAUGAAAUUAAACUUAAUUAUAUUUAUUAUUACGUCUAAGAGCUAAAAACUAUUAAAACUUAUCAAAAAUAUAUAGCUUAUAUACUAUAAGACUCGAAUAAUUCAAAAUUCGUGUUUACUAAAUUCGGAGUACCUACUAAAAUAGGAUCCGUUUUGAAAUCAUUUAAAAAGUUUUAUUUUUCGGUUUUAUGUUCUGUUAAUAAUUUUAAAAUUUAUUUCAGAAAUAAUUUGUUAUAAAACCGCUAUUCUCGUAACGUCGUUUAUUUAUGGAUUAUGUCAGCUUUGUAGUAAAUGUACAAAUAAAUGUACAAUAAAA